AAGCAUUACUGUUCGUCAGCUUUCAUUUCAGUGUUGUUUUAACGGAAAGAGAAGGGCAGCUGGAUAUUUUUAUUUGCCUGGUAUUUUAAUAUCCAUAAUUGAGCCUUUGCCAAUAGGCUGUUCUUGAAGAGCAGAGAAGACAAGAAGAAGUAACAGGCAGCAUGGCAUCGAGAAAGAAAGUUCUGCUCAAAGUCAUCAUUCUUGGGGAUUCAGGUGUUGGAAAGACAUCUUUAAUGAACCAGUAUGUCAACAAGAAGUUCAGUAAUCAGUACAAAGCUACAAUAGGAGCCGACUUUCUUACAAAGGAGGUGAUGGUUGAGGACAGACUUGUUACUAUGCAGAUUUGGGACACGGCUGGGCAGGAGAGGUUCCAGUCUCUGGGGGUGGCGUUCUAUCGUGGAGCAGACUGCUGUGUGCUGGUGUACGAUGUAACUGCUCCGACUACUUUUAAGACUCUGGACUCCUGGAGAGAUGAGUUUCUGAUUCAGGCCAGCCCUCGUGACCCAGACAACUUCCCUUUUGUGGUGCUUGGCAACAAGAUUGACCUGGAAAACAGGCAGGUGACAACAAAACGAGCACAGGCCUGGUGUCAAAGUAAAAACAACAUGCCAUACUUUGAGACCAGUGCAAAAGAGGCCAUAAAUGUUGAACAGGCAUUUCAAACCAUUGCACGCAAUGCCCUAAAACAGGAGACAGAAGUAGAGCUGUACAAUGAGUUUCCAGACCCAAUUAAGUUGGACAGGAAUGACAGAUCCAACCCUCCAGCAGAAAGCUGCAGCUGCUGAGAUAUGUUUACAUAGACACUAACAUGCACUGUUUAAUGAAAACAGAUUUGCACACUAAUUUUGCUCUUUUACUUGCUCUCCAAAACACAGACACAUGUCCACAUACAUGUGAUACUACUUGAUAGCGCUAUAAACUUUGGUACUAGUAUCUGUGCCGUGUCUGCAGUAAUUUGGAAGUACUUCUCAUUCCACUCUGAUUCAGUUGCUGUGUCUUGUUGCUUUUUUUUUAUACCUGAAUUAGCUUAAGUAGGUAUUCUAAUCAUAAAAGAGAAUUCACUAAAAUAUAUGAUAAUUGGCUUAACUGCUGUAUAUCUGAAUUUAUUUUGUUUUGUUAUUUUUAGCUAUAUAUUUGUUAAUUUAAAUAUACUUCAGGGUACACUCACUUUUGUUUUCAGAUAAAGUGGUCUAUUGGGUCACAGAGGUGAUGUUCAGAAAUCUCUUGUCAAGGAUUCCUUCUGUUGCUGACUUAAAGAAAAGACGUGUAUCAAGCAUACUUGUUUUCACCCAACCAUUUAUGCUAAAUCUUACAAAUUACCACAAGAAAAUGAUACUCUUAAAUGUAAUAAUGUAUAGAUUUUUAGAUUGUGAUGUAGGCUGCUGAUAUGCUUCUUGUCCGUUUCCAUUGGACCAACCUACAAACCUAGAUAGGGUUAACACUCAUGCCUUCAUGACUUACAGAACUGUCAUGUUUUGCAGAUUAAAAUAAGAUUAAAAUUCUUUUAUGCAUAUG